UCAGAAUUUCUUCUUCUGGGAUUAUCAAAUGAACCAGAAUUGCAGCCCCUCAUAUUUGGGUUUUUCCUCUCCAUGUACCUCAUCACUGUGUUUGGAAACCUGCUCAUCAUCCUGGCUGUCGGCUCAGACUCCCACCUCCACACACCCAUGUACUUCUUCCUCUGCAACCUGUCCUUUGCAGACAUUUGUUUCAUCUCCACCAUAAUCCCGAAGAUGCUGUGGAACAUCCAGACUCACAGCAAAGUCAUAACCUAUGAAGGCUGCAUUACCCAGAUGUAUUUUUUAAUAUUCUUUGGGGGACUGGACGUCUUCCUCCUGACUGUGAUGGCCUAUGACCGGUUUGUGGCCAUCUGUCACCCUCUGCACUACACAGUCAUCAUGAACCCCCGGCUCUGUGGUCUCCUGGUUCUGUCAUCUUAUAUUAUCAGUUUCCUGUAUUCCUUGGUACAAAGCUUAAUGGUGGUGCAGCUGUCCUUCUGUACAAACUGGGAAAUCCCACACUUUUUCUGUGAAACCAAUCAGAUGGUCAAACUUGCCUGUUCUGACACCUUCAUCUGUGACACUGUGAUGUAUUUUGCAGCAGUGCUGCUGGGUGGUGGUUCCCUUGCUGGUAUCCUUUACUCUUACUCUAAGAUAGUUUCCUCUAUACGUGGAAUCUCAUCAGCUCAGGGUAAGUAUAAAGCAUUUUCCACCUGUGCAUCUCACCUCUCCAUUGUCUCCUUAUUUUAUUGUUCAGCCCUAGGAGUGUACAUUAGCUCUGCUGAAACCCACAGCUCACACUCAAGUGCAGUCACCUCCGUGAUGUGUACUGUAGUCACAUCCAUGCUGAACCCUUUCAUCUACAGUCUCAGGAAUAAAGACAUAAAAGAAGCUCUGAAAAUAUUAUUUGGGAAGAAAACUAUAAAAAGGAUAACUGUCCUGGGGUGGAAAACUGCCAUUGAUUGCAGGGCUCAAAACCUCAGAGCCAUAAAUUGUGAUUUUUCAAUCUGA